AUGCAGAUCGUACUAGGAAGUGUACAUUGCUAUCACCAUAACACUAUGAGCGACGGUGGCGCAGAGGUUGUGGUCCGAGUGCGUCCACUGAGCGAUGCGGAGAAGGAGAAGCGCCACUUCCAAUGUGUUUUCCAACUUGACAAGCAGCGACUACUACUUGUCGAUCCGGAAAAGUACGAGAACAAUAUCCUACGACAGAAUCGACAGCAUGAGAGGCAGUUCAGCUUCGAUGCUGCUUUUGGACCGAAUUCAUCUCAGAAGGACAUUCACGAGGCAACAACUUCGCCCCUUGUGGAUUCUGUAGUUGCUGGAUACAAUGCGACAGUGUUCGCAUAUGGAGCAACAGGCAAGUUCUUCAGAAUUGAGAACUUUCGAUCCGGUAAGACGUUCACGAUGAUAGGUACGAAAGAACGACCAGGAUUGAUGAGCUUGUUAACGCAAAGCCUCUACCAAAAAAUCAGCCUCGAUCAAUAUCAAGUACAAUUGUCCUACCUGGAGAUCUACAAUGAAGUGAUACGAGAUUUACUGAAUCCCUCAGGAGGGGUACUGGAUUUGUUGGAGGAUGAUAAAGGAAACAUCCGAGUACCAGGACUAUCCACUGUUCGGGCACCAAACCUCAGUCGGGUACGUUUAUUCUUGAACAUCCGUUUCGUGAUACCCCAAAAACAAAUCAUGCAAAUUCUUCAAGAAGGAAAUCUGAGGCGGACACAGGAGGCUACGGAAGCCAACAAGACGUCGUCAAGAAGUCAUGCACUACUUCAGGUUACGCUACUAAAAAACAAUCGGCCUCAUUCAAAACUUUUCCUCAUAGAUUUGGCUGGAUCUGAAAGAGCAUCAAAUACAAACAAUCGUGGGCAACGUCUAAAGGAAGGUGCUGCCAUCAAUAGAUCAUUACUUGCUCUCGGCAACGUCAUUAAUUCCCUCUCAUCAAAUGUAAAAGGACGGUAUGUGAACUAUCGUGACAGCAAAUUGACUCGACUUUUGAAGGAUUCUCUAGGAGGAAAUGCUCGGACAUGCAUGAUCGCUCACGUCACAGCAGCCAGCGGACAUUUCGAAGAAACGUACAACACUCUCGUUUAUGCUUCAAGAGCGAAAAACAUAACGAAUAGGGUAACCAGAAAUCGUCCAGCUUCUGCAGAUCAGCCCUAUACCGAUGCAAUGAGAGAAAUGCGUCAGGAGUACGAACGUAGAACAAUCCCCCAUGCUGCAUCUACGAAUCAAAAAAGAUCACUGAACUCUGGAGCUUUUGAAGCAAACGCUGAUCGAGUAAUCAAUAUCGAGCGCGGGAAACGACCCUUUGAAUCUAAGAAUACUUUUUUUCAUGUUCAGACUGAGAAACGAGACUUUUCCUCUCUAUUCAACCAACUCAAAGAGCAGUAUGUGACGUUAUCCGACAAACAGCAAAAAUUAAGGGAACGGCUGAUGAAAGCCAAUCAGGAUGCUUACGAGGUGGAGAUGAGUCGUACAUCCAAACUGGCCAUAAUACAUGCCUGGGAGAAGCACAAUCAAGAAGAAAAGGCCGCAGAGAGUAUCAACCGCUUGAAAAACGACGUAGCUGAGUUGGAUGACCAAUUAAAUAAUAUGGUUGAAGUUCGACAAAAACUCGAACGAGCCCUACGGAAAGGACAAGAAACAGCAAAAUCCGUUGAAACACGGUUGCGGUCACUUGCUCAUACCAAGGAACAGAAUGAACUAAUCGAUCUCGUUGUUAGGAUGGAUAACGUGCAGGCUGAAAGAAUAUCGGCUGUAAACGAUCUUGCGAUACAAUCGCUCAUCAUGGAAAAGACAGAUAAUACAAUGUCAAAGCUAUCGAAGUAUGAAAUGUUAGCGGAAAAACUUAUCGAAGGACGAGUAGAUGAGAAGGAUCGCGAACGAUUGGAGCAGGAGUAUAGAAUAGUGAAGAAUCAAUUUCAUUACCACUUAAUACCGUUAAAAAAUAUCCAAAGCGUCGUAUCAUGGAACUCACUACUUCUUCCCAAACUUAAUUCUUCACUUUCCUCGUGA